ACCGCGGUGAAAACGGCGAACUGUUGCUCAACCGUUGGCGCUGCUGAAUCGUUAAAAUGUCUUCUACCAUAUAUUGAUUCGGUCAAAUUUUACAAUAUCGGCUUUAGAUGAUGUAUAAAUAUCCAUGAGUUAAAUGUGACACUGUUUGACCCCAUUUUUGAGGUUACCUGUCCCUCAGGGUGCUGUAGUCAAAACCCAGACAGCUGAGAAUCACGUGACGUGACGUGUAACCAGCAUGGCGGCACUGAGCUGAGGUAACAGCUCCACUGGACUGACACCGAUAGCCUGGCUUUCGUUAGCUUUCCUUGUCACCUGCUUAUUCGCAGGGCCAGGCCGAACAUGACGGCCUGAGAGAAGAGCGGCAACAAGACCGAGAGAUGCAGCAACAGCAACAUCGAGCACUACAGCAGCACCAGCAGCAGUCGCAGUCUAAGGCAGAAAACAGUAAAACGAAGAGCAUGUUUCUGUCCAGGGCGCUGGAGAAAAUCCUCUCGGAUAAGGAGGUGAAGAGGAGCCAGCACAGCCAGCUGCGCAAAGCUUGUCAGGUGGCGCUUGAUGAAAUCAAGGCAGAGCUUGAAAAACAAAAGGAUGGUACAGUGGUCCCGCCCAGAGCCAACUACAUCGAGGCUGACAAAUAUGUGCUGCCUUUCGAGUUGGCCUGUCAGUCAAAGUCUCCCCGGAUAGUUAGCACCUCUUUGGACUGUCUGCAGAAGCUGAUUGCGUACGGCCACAUCACAGGCAAUGCUCCGGACAGCCGAACUCCGGGCAAGAGGCUCAUUGACCGGCUGGUUGAAACCAUCUGUAACUGCUUCCAGGGCCCACAGACUGAUGAGGGAGUGCAACUCCAGAUCAUCAAGGCCCUGCUGACAACUGUGACCUCCCCGCACAUAGAGAUUCAUGAGGGCACGGUGCUCCUCACAGUCAGGACCUGCUACAACAUCUACCUGGCCAGCCGCAACCUCAUCAACCAGACCACCGCUAAGGCCACACUCACGCAGAUGCUCAAUGUUAUCUUCACACGAAUGGAGAACCAGGCUGCUCUGGAGGCUCAGGAGCAAGAGAAGGAUCGGCUUCGUCUGCCUCAGCAGAAUCCAUCUCCAGUCCCAGGUAAUCAGAGGUCCAGCUCCCCUCGGUCUGACAGGACCCCUACCCCAGAGCCCCAGAGCUCCCCAUCUCCAGCAGCCAGUUCUCCAGACCUCACUACAAUCAACACCACCAACUCAACACCGCCACCGCCAGGCCCAAACCAGGACACAUCAUCAGUCAAUGGAGAACCUGAGGACGGUAAUGCUCCAUUGAAUGUAGGGGCACCGGUCACCCCAUCGAGAGAUUCAGUUUUUGAAGAUGAAGGUGUGGAGACACCUCAAACAGCAGCACAGCCAGCUGAAGAAAGGGACAACCCAGAGAGCAGUCCAAAUCCAGCAGAGUCAGCGGUGGCUGAAAGAGAGGAGGGGGAGCAUCAGCCCACAGAUAGGCACAGUGGAACAGGAGGUGAACAUCCAGCCCACCGUGUCAUUGAGCAGACAGAGAUGCCCCCUCCCAGAGUGAGAACAGAGGGUCAGCAGAUGAACGGCAUCAUUGAGGACCGCUCUUCUGUUUCCUCCACAGAUAUGCUGGAUGCUGAGGCCCUGCAGGGACCCCACAGUGCUGCCCGUUUCUCACACAUCCUGCAGAAAGAUGCCUUUCUGGUGUUCCGCUCUCUGUGCAAACUGUCCAUGAAACCUCUGGCUGAUGGACCUCCAGACCCAAAGUCUCAUGAGUUGCGGUCAAAGAUUGUCUCCCUGCAGCUCCUGCUCUCUGUGCUGCAGGGCGCCGGGCCGGUGUUUCGCACUCACGAGAUGUUCGUCAACGCCAUCAAACAGUAUCUGUGUGUGGCGCUGUCCAAAAAUGGCGUCUCCUCCGUGCCUGAGGUCUUUGAGCUCUCUCUGGCCAUCUUUCUCACCUUGCUGUCCCACUUCAAGGUCCACCUGAAGAUGCAGAUAGAGGUGUUUUUCCGGGAGAUUUUUCUGACCAUCCUGGAGACAUCGACCAGCUCCUUUGAGCACAAAUGGAUGGUUAUCCAGACACUAACACGCAUCUGUGCAGAUGCCCAGUGCGUGGUUGACAUCUACGUGAACUAUGACUGUGACUUGAACGCUGCUAACAUCUUUGAGCGCCUUGUCAAUGACCUGUCAAAGAUUGCUCAGGGCAGGAGUGGCCAGGAGCUCGGGAUGACUCCUCUGCAGGAGCUGAGCCUUCGUAAGAAGGGCCUGGAAUGUUUGGUGUCCAUCCUGAAAUGUAUGGUGGAGUGGAGCAAAGACAUGUAUGUCAAUCCAAACCUUCAAGCUAACUUGGGCCAGGAGCAUCCUUCUGACAGUGAUGGAGGAGAGCUGAAGCUUCCAGAUCAGCUGGCGGGACGUCGAGACAGUAUCAGCUCACUGGACUCCACUGUGUCCUCCAGCAUGGCAGUUUCCCAGGCGGAUCAUCCGGAGCAGUACGAGGUCAUCAAACAGCAGAAGGACAUCAUCGAGCACGGCAUUGAACUCUUCAACAAGAAGCCAAAGCGAGGUAUCCAGUACCUGCAGGACCAGGGCAUGCUGGGUACCACGGCUGAGGACAUUGCCCAAUUCCUUCACCAGGAGGACAGACUGGACACUACACAGGUGGGAGAGUUCCUGGGCGAGAACAUCAAGUUCAACAAAGAAGUGAUGUACUGCUACGUGGACCAGUUGGACUUUUGCGGACGGGACUUUGUCUCGGCUCUCAGAGCAUUCCUGGAAGGCUUCAGGUUGCCUGGUGAGGCCCAGAAGAUUGACAGGCUGAUGGAGAAGUUUGCUGCUCGGUACCUGGAGUGCAACCAGGGACAGACUCUGUUUGCCAGUGCAGACACUGCCUACGUGCUGGCAUACUCCAUCAUUAUGCUCACCACAGACCUGCACAGUCCACAGGUGAAGAACAAGAUGACAAAGGAACAGUACAUCAAGAUGAAUCGCGGUAUUAACGACAGUAAGGACCUGCCUGAAGAGUAUCUUUCUGCCAUAUACGAUGAGAUCGCAGGCAAGAAGAUAGCCAUGAAGGAGAGCAAAGAGUUCUCUAUCACCCCAAAGUCCAGCAAGCAGAGUGUAGCCAGUGAGAAGCAGCGUCGUCUGCUCUACAACAUGGAGAUGGAGCAGAUGGCAAAGACCGCUAAAGCUCUAAUGGAGGCCGUCAGCCACGCUCAGGCCCCCUUCUUCAGCGCAACACACCUGGAGCACGUCAGGCCCAUGUUCAAGCUGGCGUGGACCCCUUUGCUGGCAGCGUUCAGUGUGGGACUGCAGGACUGUGACGACCCGGAGGUGGCCUCGCUGUGUCUGGAGGGCAUUCGAUGUGCCAUCAGGAUCGCCUGCAUCUUCAGCAUGCAGUUGGAGCGAGACGCGUACGUCCAGGCCUUGGCCAGAUUCACCCUGCUGACAGCCAGUUCCAGCAUCACAGAGAUGAAGCAGAAGAACAUUGACACCAUCAAGACCCUGAUCACUGUGGCCCACACUGAUGGAAACUACCUGGGCAACUCCUGGCAUGAGAUCUUGAGAUGUAUCAGUCAGCUGGAGCUUGCCCAGUUGAUCGGCACAGGAGUAAAGACACGUUACAUCUCAGGGGUGGUCCGGGACAAGGAGGUUGGCAUCAAGGGCUUACCCUCCGGCACAGAGGAGUUCAUGCCCCUGGGGCUUGGUAACCUGGUGGGAAGUCAGGACAAGAGACAGAUGGCUCACAUCCAGGAGUCAGUAGGAGAAACCAGCUCUCAGAGUGUGGUUGUAGCUGUGGACAGGAUCUUCACUGGUUCCACCAGACUUGAUGGAAAUGCAAUUGUGGACUUUGUGAGGUGGCUGUGCGCUGUGUCCAUGGAUGAGCUGGCCUCAGCACACCAGCCGAGGAUGUUCAGCUUACAGAAGAUUGUGGAAAUCUCCUACUACAACAUGAACCGCAUCAGGCUGCAGUGGUCUCGGAUUUGGCAGGUCAUCGGAGACCACUUCAAUAAGGUGGGCUGUAACCCCAAUGAGGAUGUAGCCAUCUUUGCUGUGGACUCACUGAGGCAGCUUUCCAUGAAGUUCUUGGAGAAAGGAGAGCUGGCUAACUUCCGCUUCCAGAAAGACUUCCUCAGGCCUUUUGAGCACAUUAUGAAGAAGAACAGGUCCCCCACUAUCAGAGACAUGGUGAUCAGGUGCGUGGCUCAGAUGGUAAACUCCCAGGCGGCCAAUAUCCGGUCAGGUUGGAAGAACAUCUUCUCAGUGUUUCACCAGGCAGCCUCCGACCAUGAUGAGACUAUAGUGGAGCUGGCCUUCCAGACCACUGGGCACAUUGUCAUGAACACCUUCCAGGAGCACUUUGCAGCUGCUAUUGAUUCGUUCCAGGAUGCAGUUAAGUGCCUGUCAGAGUUUGUGUGCAACGCAGCUUUUCCUGACACCAGCAUGGAGGCUAUCCGGCUCAUACGACACUGCGCUAAAUACGUCUCAGAAAGGCCCCAGACCUUGAGGGAAUACACCAGCGAUGACAUGAACGUUGCCCCUGGUGAUCGAGUGUGGGUUCGUGGCUGGUUUCCCAUUCUGUUUGAGCUCUCUUGUAUCAUCAACCGUUGCAAGCUGGAUGUCCGGACCAGAGGCCUCACGGUCAUGUUUGAGAUCAUGAAGAGUUACGGCCACACCUUCGAGAAGCACUGGUGGCACGACCUCUUCAGAAUCGUCUUCCGCAUAUUUGACAACAUGAAGCUCCCUGAGCAGCAGACAGAGAAAACCGAGUGGAUGACAACAACGUGUAACCAUGCACUGUACGCCAUCUGUGAUGUGUUCACCCAGUUUUAUGAGCCUCUCAGUGAAAUCCUGCUGGCUGACAUUUUCACACAGCUGCAGUGGUGUGUCAGGCAAGACAACGAGCAGCUGGCUCGGUCGGGGACAAACUGUCUGGAGAACCUGGUGAUUCUGAACGGGGAGAAGUUCAGCCCCGAGGUCUGGAACAUUACCUGCUCCUGUAUGCUGGAGAUCUUCCAGAACACCAGCCCUCACACUUUGUUGACUUGGCGACCGGCUGGACAGGAAGAGGAAACCGCAGAUGGCAAACAUUUUGACGCUGAUUUUGACACCCAAUCCCAGAGCAGCUAUGACAGAGCUCUGUCUGAGAGAGGACACAGCCAGAUGUCCAGCGAUGAUACCUGGAAGGGCAAGUCCAACAUGAGGGUUUCAGACCAGAAGCUCUUUGCAGGGCUGCUGAUUAAAUGUGUGGUCCAGCUUGAACUAAUCCAAACCAUAGACAACAUUGUCUUCUACCCGGCAACCAGCAAGAAGGAGGAUGCUGACAACAUGGCUGCCGCACAGCGAGAUGCUCUGGAAGAGUGGGAGGCUGAGGGAGGCGAGGCGGGUCCAGAUCAGGGUAUGUACAGACACAUGACAUCUGCACACCUCUUCAAACUGCUGGACUGUCUGCUGGAGUCGCAUACCUUCGCCAAGGACUUCAACUCCAACAACGAACAGAGAACAGCACUGUGGAGGGCAGGCUUUAAAGGGAAGUCCAAGCCCAACUUGCUGAAGCAGGAGACCAGCAGUCUUGCGUGCAGCUUGAGGAUCUUGUUCAGGAUGUACUCUGACCCUCAGCUGCAAGGCUCGUGGCCUGACAUUCAGACGCGCCUGCUGCUGGUGUGUAGCGAAGCUCUGGCUUACUUCAUCAGUCUGACCUCAGAAAGCCACAGAGAGGCUUGGAACAGUCUGCUGAUGCUGCUGCUCACCAGGACGCUACGCCUGCCCGAUGACAAGUUUAAGCCCCAUGCUUCCUGCUACUACCCCCACCUGUGUGAAAUGAUGCAGUUUGACCUGAUCCCCGAGCUGCGGGCCGUCCUCAGGCGCUUCUUCCUGCGCAUCGGCUCCGUCUUCCACAUCGCUGCUCCCGAGGGGGCGCUUGCCCGGACUCCCGCAUCCUAGAAUGGGUGGGCACGGGGUCAGGCAGAUGGACAGCUGGAGAGAUUGGCAUUGAUGAGUAGAUCACAAGUGGACACAUAAGAGACUUUCUCCCUCUUUUGGUGUGGAAGAAAUUACAGAGGGGCUGCAAUGUGAGAAGGCAGACGUCAAAGACUGUAGCUUUUCUGUCUCAGUUCAGGACUCUGCGUUCAUGUGUUGAGCUUUUCUACUGCACUCGGCUUGUAGAAAAGUCUUUACCUUGUCCUUCCUCCCUACUCUCUCUCUCUCCCUCUCUCUCUCUCGGGGAUGAACAGCACUGUGACCAGCGCUCCCUGCUGACUGUAGUCAUUCAUCACCCCCACCCCUGUUCCGACUCUCAUCUCAGCUUGCAAUGACUAGAAGAGAACUGUAAACAAAUAAUUUAUUGAUGUUGUUGCAAACCAUGCAUCUGAUUUUGAUGGCUUGUUUUGUUUUGUUUAGUUUUUCUUUAAUACUUAAAACUAUAUCUGAAUGCAAAUGGACGAUACCAUCGAAUUUGCUCACUUUUUGCGAAGAUCUCUUUUGGCCGCCUGUGCCUGUUAGAAAAUGACACUGUCAGUGUCACCCUUAUUGUGAGUUUGGUGAUCUAAUCAAAAUAUGUGGUAAUAUCUGACCCCUCACUUAUCAGUGCCCAACCCCAAGCAUUGUUUGUCACUUUAAUGUUUAUGUUCCCUUAUGUCUAUGUUAUUAUGUAGCCAUCGUUAAAGAGACUGAAACUCUCAGCUGCAGGUUAACACAAUCUGCAUCUCUUCCAACACUAUCAAAGAUCUAAUGCUUGACUUUGUUUGGGAAGUCUCUGCCCUCUGCCGCACGACCGUCCUGUCAUCUUUAUAAUUUCUUGCCCGUCAGUGAGAUUUUACUUAUUUAUUUUGCUCACUUGCUUUGAUUUGUUUUAUGAUUUUUUUUUUCAUGAUAAUUGCUGGUUUACAAUGAAUGGUUGGUUGAAAGACCGGACACAUCCCUUUGUCAUGCAUUCCUUCACGUGUUGACCCUAGUGAGCCUUAGACUGAAGGACUUGGAAUCAUCAUCAAUCAGUCAACAUGGAAUCAACGUCUUCUGGGUUUAGAAUUACAGCUGGCUCAUGAAAACCUCCACUAAUCCCAUCAAUUGACCCUCUACAGUGAUAUCACUGUUGUCUAUUUCCCACACUCAUUUUUGCACAUCCGUUGCUGACAGUUUGCUCAUGUAUUAACACCACCCAGUGUACCAUGCUGCUCUGGAUGGUCAGAAAGCCCAUCAGUGUUGUCACAUUCAACCAUUGAAAGGUUCAGGAACGGAGUGAAAUCAAAACUCCGCAUCCUGGGUCAUUCGUAGUUUAUUCCAUGCCUUCUUUUUUUUUUUUUUUUUUUUAAAAAAAGAAGGAUGUAUGUAAUUAUUUAAAGUGCAUUUAAAUAUUUUUUGAAAAGCAUUCCUUCCCUUGCAACUAUGGAUGUCUACUUUUCUUCCCUAAAGCUAGGGAAUAUAUAAAUAUAUAUAUACAGUAAAUGAAAAAAAAUACAAACUGUAAAGUUUUCAAUGUAAGAUACAUAGAAAUGAAAGUGCUAUACGGUUCUAUACAUAAUAUUGUGUUGUAAUCUUCCAAGCAUUUGGUGAAGUAUCAAUAAACCUAAAUUCUGAUCCA